AUGUCCUUGAGCUUCUUUUCGCUCAAGUGGAAGUGGCCAUACCAUUCAAAACGAAUGCGCCAUGUGCAUAGGUGUGAAGGUUGCCGCGGGCGAGCAGCUGCAACACCGGUGCAUAAAAGGCUAAUGCCCCGGGAAGAGUGGAGGCCGUACCACCAUCCAAAUGCCCUGGGUGGCUGA